AUUUUCUCUAGCAUGGGGACAUUCAAAUUUCCUUUGUCUAUGCUUCUCUUAUUUCUUCUACUCAAUAUUUUUCUAUGCUCAGCUGAGGUACUAUACCUUCCAGUCACUAAAGAUGCAUCAACUAUGCAAUACAUUACAGAAGUAAGUCAAAGAACUCCUUUAAUCCCCAUAAAACUCUUAGUCCAUCUUGGUGGUAGAAGCUUAUGGGUGGAUUGUAACAAUAGUACAAGUUACAAAAGUUCAACUUACAAACCAGCUGUAUGUAAUUCCACACAAUGUUCAAUUUCCAGAUCUCAUGGCUGCGGAGAUUGCAAAUUUAGACCUCAAUUGCAGCCUGGAUGCAACAAUAAUACUUGUUACAUUUGGGGUGAAAAUCCAUUGAUUAAUACUUAUAUCGAUCACGCAGAAGUUGCUGAGGAUGUAUUGAUCAUUGGUUCUACUCCUGGCGUUCGUGUCAAUUGGCCGAGGUUUAUUUUCACUUGCCUUAUUGAUCCCAGUAUGGUCAGACUCCUCGCCGAUGGAGUCACAGGAGCCGCAGGUUUUGGGCACGAAAGUCUAAUUUCCAUUCCCAAUCAACUUGCUUUAGACCCGAGAUUUACCAGGAAGUUUGGUAUGUGUUUGAGCUCAUCUACAAGUUCUCGUGGGGUUAUCUUCAUCGGUUCUGGCCCAUAUUAUGCUUACAAUCCUAAGAAGAUCGACAUCUCCAAGGAUCUUGUCUACACCAAACUAAUUACAAAUAAGAGGGCAUUUCUACUAUCUGACGAAUAUUAUUUCCAAAUUUCAUCCAUUCGAAUCGCAGGGCAAGAUGUGCCACUAAAUAAAACAUUGCUAUCGAUUAAUAAUAAACAAAAUGGAAUUGGUGGGACAAAAAUCAGCACAGCUAUACCUUUCACAAUUUUGCACUCUACCUUUUACGAUGCUGUUAGAACUGCUUUCAUCAAGGCGCUUCCGAAGAAUGUGACACUUGUAGAGCCUCCUCCUAUGAGCCAAUUUCGAACUUGCUUUAGUUCUGAAAACAUUAAAAGCACCAAUGUUGGACCAGAUGUUCCUGCAAUAGAUAUUGUUUUGUACAAGACGAGUGCGUUUUGGAGGAUUUAUGGGACAAAUUCAAUGGUACAAGUUAGUAAGGAAGUUAUGUGUUUAGCGUUUGUGGGACAAGACCAAACAUGGGGAUCAUCGAUUGUAAUAGGAGGGCAUCAAUUGGAAGAGAACCUCUUGGUAUUUGACCUUCCAGGAAAGAAAAUAGGUUUCAGCUCCUCACUCAAGCUUCAACAAACAUCAUGUUCGAAGUACGAUGAUACCAUUAUGGAUUAAGUACCAUUCUAGUU